AUGUUCACCCAGUCGUAUACGGAUCCGAGCGUCCAGAGCGUUCCGGACGUGACCCCUAUCAAACCCGAGCAAAAGACGGUCGAGACAAGCACGAAGUGCCAAGACUGGCCGUUUGCGCUGCUUUUCGUGCUCAAUGUCGGUACCAUUCUCGCCCUGAUGCUCGUGUGGGGUGUCCAGACCGUCACGGACCCAGAAAACCACGCGAGUGAGCUGCUCCCGGGCAACGACACCCAAGUCGUGCUGGCGAUUGCCACCGCUAUGGCCGUCUUGUCAAUGGUCUUGGCUCUUGUGAUGGUUAAGCUCUUUGUGGCCCACGCACGGGUCAUGAUCCUGUUUGUGCUGUGGUUCAACGUGGGCAUUUCGUUUGCCUUUGCUGCUUAUGGAGUCGUCCUGGGCAAUAUUUUCAUUGCCAUUAUUGGUUUCAUGAUUGCGCUGCUGAAUCUUUGCUACGCCCGUGCGGUGCAGCAUCGCAUUCCGUUUGCCGUUGCCAACUUGCGUGUGGCGGAAGGAGCGAUUCGCAAGCACUCGUCCACGUACAUUGUGUCGAUUGUGUUUACAAUUGUGCAGAUCGUGUGGGUGAUCAUCUGGGCAUUGGCUUUGCUGGGUGUUGCCAACAAGAUUGCGAAAGCGAACCCGAGCUCGACAACCACUACGACCACGACAUCCACUCGAUCUGCGUAUCGACAGUCGGGAGCGUCCUACAUCGCGUUCUUCUUCCUGCUGCUCUCUUUCUAUUGGGGGCUCCAGGUUUUCAAGAACGUUGCACACACGACUGUUGCAGGCACCGUCGCGACGUUCUGGUACAACACCGAGUCAGCAGGUGCUACAGGUGCCUCGUUAAAGCGCAGCACGACGUCGUCGUUUGGUUCCAUCUGCUUUGGCUCGUUGAUUGUCGCCUUCUUGCAGGCGCUUCGCUCGUUGGCAGAGAGCGGACGUCAAGACGGCAGCGCGUUGGCGUGUUUUGCAGAGUGUAUCUUGGGCUGUCUGCAGUCGCUCAUGGAGUAUUUCAACCGCUGGGCGUAUGUGUACGUUGGCAUCUACGGCUACAACUUCACGCGGGCAGGCAAGGCCGUGUUCGAGCUCUUCAAGCAGCGUGGUUUCGAUGCCAUCAUCAAUGACGAUCUGAUCGGCAAUGUGCUUGGGUUCGCAGCCCUCGGAAUCGGCCUCAUUUGCGCUGCUGCCGGAGCAGUGAUCGCCGAGACGACCGACGCCAUUACUUUCCAGAACAGCACUGCGUUCCUGGCGAUUUUGGGUCUCAUUGUCGGCAUCGGCGUCGCAGUCACGCCUCUCGCUGUCAUUGACAGUUCAGUCGCCACGAUCUUCGUCUGCUUUGCCGAGGACCCCGCGGCGUUCCAGCAGUCACAUCCCGAGCUGUACGCGCCGCUCGUGCAGGAAUGGCACAAUCUCUACCCGGACGUCAUGGUACAGGCAGGUUACUCGUACGCGUAA